GGAAGAAAACAUCCAGCUGUUAUCUAAGCAGGCAGAGCUGUGGCUAGCGUUAGCAGCCUGUGUAGCGUCGGUACAGUGAUGAAACGGCCCUGAGAGUCGGGAAUAAACCGGUGUGUUACCAUGCUGUGUCCGGCGUAGUGUCUGUGUGUCGAGAGAAACCCGCGGAAUAUAUUUCCCCUCGACUUUCCUCCGGCCCGAGUGUUGAAACAAGGUGUGAAUGAGUGACGUGGUGCCUCCCACAGCUCUCAGUGAAGUCCAGCUCCGCUUCCUCUGCCACGAUGACAUAGAGAAUGUCAAGCUGCUCUGUGGUGAUUGGUUCCCAAUCGAGUACCCGGACUCAUGGUAUCAGGACAUCACCUCCAACAAGAAGUUCUUCUCCCUCGCUGCCACCUUCAGAGGAGGCAUCGUGGGAAUGAUUGUGGCCGAGAUCAAAGGCCGGACCAAAGUACACAAAGAGGAUGGAGACAUCCUGGCCUCCAGUUUCCCUGUGGACACACAGGUAGCCUACAUCCUGAGCCUGGGAGUGGUCAAAGAGUUCAGGAAACAUGGCAUAGGCUCCCUACUGCUGGACAGUUUGAAGGAGCACAUCUCAACGACAGCCCAGGACCACUGUAAGGCGAUCUACCUGCACGUCCUCACCACCAACAACACUGCCAUCCACUUCUAUGAGAACAGGGACUUCAGGCAGCACCACUACCUGCCCUACUACUACUCCAUACGAGGCGUCCUCAAAGAUGGAUUCACAUACGUGCUCUACAUCAAUGGGGGCCACCCACCCUGGACAAUAUUUGACUAUAUCCAGCACAUCGGUUCAACCCUGGCCAGCCUGAGCCCCUGCUCCAUCCCUCAGAGGCUGUACCGACAGGCCCAGUCCCUGCUGCGCUCUCUGCUGCCCUGGUCCAACAUCGCCUCCAAGACCGGCAUACAGUACAGCAGAACAAUGUGACAUGGAGCUCAGCUGUUUCUCAUCAGUCUUCCCCUGUACACACCAAGAUGUACGCGCACACUCACAUUCUCGAUCUCGUACGGCUUUCCACACACCUGUGUUUGACACAGGACUCAGGUUCAACCUGCGUUUGACCGUUCACUUACUACAACAUCAUUCCAGAUCCAAAACAUGUUUGUCACUGUUCACACAGGCUCCAGGUGUGCAGCUGUAGUUCUGUGCCCUCUGCGAAACAGGGUUGUUGCAUCGCAACGUCAUUCAUGUUUUUACACUGACAGACAGACAGACGGAGUGAUCUGGUAAAACCGUGGGAUUUCUUUCAAUCAUUCAGUUACUAUACCACCCUGUGUAUGCUACACCAACCCAUAGUUACUAUAGUAACCUGUGUUUACCCUGUCAUACCAAAGCCAACCCAGGCAGCAGAGCAAAGCAGAGGACCUGCUUCAGAUAAACCACGUCGACCCGGGCGCACAGAGCUCGUCGAUUUGGUGUGAAAAGGGUGAAACACACACUCACACACACACUGGGAACCCUACAGAGACUAAAGGUUCAACCCUGCCUAUCUUCCUGUCUCCUUUCAUCCUGUCCACCACUGUCACAGAGACUAUGUAUACUGUUUGUAUAUUAUAUAUACUAAGCUAAUAUAUAAAUUUCUCUCUAUAUGUAUGUCUAUUCUAUGCUGUCGGUAGUUGAAAGAUAACACAUCCUGUCCCCUUUUUGAGUAGAGACUGAAUCCAGAGUCAAUUCCACUUUGUAAAAUAGAGACUCAAGUGAACACACACACAAGUGAAAUUUGAUUGGUCUGUGAAUCUAGGGAUGUUAAUAAACGGGGGUAGUCGGGUAGAAUAAAGCUGAUAAUACACAGGGAGCGAUGAGACACAGUGUAGAUGGGAGAAAUGUUUAGGAGCAGUUUUCAAAAAGGGAUUCUUCCAGAGGUGAGACAAGUCACAAGUAAUUCUCAAGUCCUUGCACUCUAAUCCUAAACUGGGUUCAAGUGAGUUUCGAGUCGUAAACAAGUCACAGUGCGCCCUUCAUCAAAUACAAUGCUAUUUUAACAGCAGACUAGUAAUACAUUAAGUUUUUAAAAAUGUAAUGCUAUUUAAAAUGUGCAUUUAUUUGUUUAAACAAAUCUGCUGAAGUUGUUGCGUCUCAGUUUGUAAUUUUUGACCCUCACGUUUUGCACACUGCAGUUUGCUUUUUGUCGACCACCACGUAGUUGUUGUACGCAAACAAUAAAUGUCUGGUGCUCAGUCAGGUGACGUUAGUUCUUCGUUGCUCUCUCCUGCAACUUGAUCACGUGCCGUCGUAUCUGGGAAAUCAAGUGUCGACUUGUUGGAAAUGAAUAAGGUUAACAUUAGUUGUUUCAGGAAAUGAAGGGUAAUGAAUUGAUUUUUGGCAAAAAAAAAAAAAAAAAGACAUGCUUUUUAAUCUUUAGGCGUGGGGGGAAGUAUCGGGUAUUUUGAGUCAGGAGUCGUUGGUCAAGUCUUUUUUUGAUUUGGUCAAGUCGAGUGACUACAGAAAACAGCAACAACCUUCGAGCUAACAACCUACACACUGAAAAGGUUUUUAAAAAGAUUUGGAUUGUACAGUAAGGCAAGCCUGCUUUGUUGUUUCUAAAAAAAACUACAAUGAAUAUAACAACUUGGAAAAGCCCAGACUCCGUCUCACAGGACUCUUCUGCCGAUGCUGAUCUGUGUUCUGACACAGCCAGUCGCAGUUGAUUUGCCAUAUCUUUUUACAGUGGCAGAGGCAUGCAGCAGUGACACUCGAGCUUCUAUGAUAUCAUCAUGAUAAUAUCCUGCAAGAGCCACAUAUAGCCAGCAAAGCAUAUGUUGUUUUAACAUGUCCACAUUCCUUCAACAACUGACGCAUGUGGUUGGGUUUAGGGGGAAAAAAACAGGGUUUGGCUCUAUAAUCUUGCAGGACGUGCACACAGCUCUCCCGGGUAAAGGGCGGUGUUUGUUGGACCCAUCCACCACCCCUCCCACACACCCUACUUGGAUUUUCACCACCUUAACUUUUAUUGUUCUUGUCCUACCGCGUUUCAUCCAGACGCCACCAAGCAUCGUUAAACUGUAACCUGGUUUAUCGUCCACAGAGCGAGGCUGCACGCCCACAUUUUCAGAACAAAAUAGAACAGGCUGCAGUGAGAGUCUCUCUCCAUGGGAUAUUUAAAAAUAGCAGCUUU